AUGAAGCUGGGAAUCGGUCUUCCUCUAGCAAGUCUGCUGUCCAACAGCGUCUCAGCCCGAUCCACCUCUAACUACUCAAUCGCCCAAUGGCUUUACACCAGCGACAUUGACGAUGAGGCUCUCACUCUCUUGGAGCGUCCUGAGAUUCAAGGAAUCCAAAGCCUUUACACUUGGAAAUCCCUUGAACCUCAGCGAGACCAAUACGACUUCUCUGCCAUCGCCAACGACCUCAACCGCACCCAAUCCCGAGGCAAGCAUCUUUGGGUCCAAAUUCAAGACCGCACCUUCAGCAACGCCAAUAAUCCAGUCCCAAACUAUCUACACAGACCACUCUACAACAAUGGCAGCGUACCUCAGUGCGACGGAGAUGACUGCGAUAAUAACUUCGUUCCGGGUGGCUGGGCAACCGCACAAUGGAAUCCUCACGUCUACGGCUUCAAUCUCCCCGAAACUGCAAUCGACGUCCAAUCCCACAAUGCAUCUGGCUACACAUGCCAGAAAUACUUUGAGGGUACCCUCGACAAUGCCCGCUACGCGGCCAGUGUUUUCAAUCGUUCCUACGUCGUGCAGUAUGUGAAUUUCUGGCCUUGUGGCUGGGCAAAUGAGCACAACUACCUGUCGGAUUCGUUCGCCUUCUUUGCAGCGAAUGGUGUCGGUGUUGGUGGGCCUGAUGAUAUCCCCUAUAAACAGACGAUGGAGAAUAAUGCCUAUCCCUAUAUGUCUCAGUAUCGAGAUCAGGUGCCAAUUAACGUGGUUGCGGUGCAGGAGCCGGAUCUGGCGGCGAUUAAUCCGAAAUCCAACAAGCCAUUCACCAAGGAUGAGUUCCUGGACUUCGCGGAGAAGCAAUUGGGUUCGAAGAUCCUGUUUUGGGCUUUGUCGGCACCUUGGCUGCAUUCUUGA